CAUAUGUCUGACCUUCAAAACCAGUGUUUUAAAUUACAAUGUAUUACAAACAUUUCCUCUAGUGGUGUGUCGUAUUUCCUGUUUCUUACAGAAGGUACGUUUGUUUCCUCCCCCGCCACUGGCCGAUUCGUUGAAUCCACUGAAUGUAAUGGUGAUUGAGAACCCCGACCCCCCUCCGGCAGACAAGGACAUACAAACCGAGCGCGUCGUUGAGUUGCUCCAUGGUUGCAUGCUGUAGCGUUUGGUUUUAUUUUUGUUUAUCUAAAAAUGUAAGAUUUUAUUUCGCAUCAAGGCUCUUCUAGGAUAUUACCCCAUGGAAAGCUCGCGAGAAACGACUCGCGGGCUUCAUUAAAUGAGAGGGAGCUGAUGGAGAGGUCUCUAUCUAGGUUUCACACGGUUUAGGCUACUUUGUAUUAAAAAAGCUGCAGACAUGAAGAUCACAGACGGCGUGAUACGGAGUUUUAGAGUUGCCAGAUCAUAUCGAGAAAAUGCACAGAAGGUCAACUGUGUGGACUUCAGCCCAAAUGGUGAAAAUGCAAUAUCAAGUAGCGACGACGACUGCAUUGUGUUAUAUGACAUCCGAGAAGGAAAGCCUGAAAGGACCCUGUUCAGCAAGAAGUAUGGAGUAGACCUCAUCCACUACACACAUGGAGAUGCACAGACAGUAGUCUACAGCUCAAACAAACUAGAUGAUACCAUCCGAUAUCUGUCACUCACUGACAACAAGUACAUCAGGUAUUUCCCAGGUCACACUGCAAGAGUUAUUGCUCUUUCGAUGUCACCAGUAGAUGAUACAUUUAUCUCGGGCUCGUUGGACAGAACAAUCCGGAUCUGGGAUCUGCGUGCUCCAAACUGUCAAGGUUUGACUAAUCCACUGGGAAAACCUGUCUGUUCCUUUGACCCUGAUGGGCUGAUAUUUGCUGCAGGGGUGGAAUCAGAGGCCAUUAAACUAUACGACCUCCGAGCUUUUGACAAGGGACCCUUUGCCUCCUUUGAUACGAGGUUUAAUCGUGUCUGUGACUGGACUGGACUCAAAUUCAGUAACGAUGGGAAACAGAUUCUCAUCUCUACCAACGGAGGGAUGAUUCGGGUCCUGAAUGCUUUCAAUGGAUCUGUGCUGCACACUUUUUCUGGCUACAACAACAGUAAAGGCAUCUCCCUGGAGGCCUGCUUCACUCCAGACUCUCAGUUUGUCAUGAUUGGCUCAGAGGAUGGCAGAGUCCAUGUUUGGAGCACUGAGAGUGGGAUGAAGGUUGCUGUGCUGGAUGGGAAACAUCCAGGACCCAUCAACACUCUGCAGUUCAACCCCAGAUACAUGACGUUUGCCAGCGCCUGCACUAACAUGACAUUUUGGCUCCCGUGUUUUGACGACACGUAGAGGGACGUUGCCAAAAAAGAGUCCUCGUUGUUAAACACAUCGCAACUAUGCAGUGAUGUAGCAUUAUGUGUUGGACUGCCUUCCAGCGAAAAAUAUUUUACUUUUACUUUCAUAAUUUUUUACCUGCGGUAUUUUUAAACUUUGAAAGGGUUGAUGUCGCUGUGACAACAAAAUCACACAUACCUCAAUUUUUUAUUUAAUGCCAUUCAGUACAUUUUUUUUAACAUUUUAACAGUGUCUAUUGAUAUUUCCGAUGUUUCUUUUUAACCAUGUCACUUGAUUUUUCAUGGGAAAUUUAACAAGAUAAUAAUCAGUGUUUGUAAUAAAGUGUUUUAGAUG